CUGCAUUCUACUAUAAAUUCUCUCUGCUUCCCACCGACUUAUACGAGUGUUCACCGUUUUCGCCUGUCAGUCAAUCAUCGUUAUCUGACUAAUCGUUGAUGAUGAGACACUUGCUAACAGCCAGCCUGGCUCUGCUCGCCACGGUGGAGGGCAACCCAUCUGAACCUGUCGUUAACUUGGGAUACUCGACCUAUCAAGGAUACUAUAACACAACUACCGGGCUUAAUAUCUGGAAAGGAAUUCGCUAUGCAGCCCCUCCGAUCAACGAGUUGCGAUGGCAACCCCCGGUAGCUCCUCUUCGGAAUACCAGCCACAUUCUCCCAGCGGUUGACCAGCCGCCUGUCUGCCCACAGUCUGGUGCCGCUCGGACACCGGCAGUCUAUGGGUUUAAAUCUGGUCCAGGCGACGAGGAUUGUUUAUAUCUGAACGUCUAUGCACCCCCAGAAGCAUCAGAUUUGCCAGUCUUCGUCUGGAUCCAUGGAGGUGGAUACGGCCUCUUUGGAGCUGUCUAUGACCCUAGUCCGCUAAUGAACACCAACGACAAUGGCUUCAUCACAGUGGAGAUCCAGUACCGUCUUGGAGCGUUCGGCUUCUUGUCAUCCGCAGAGGUUCACGAAAGAGGCGCACUCAAUGCUGGUCUUCUGGACCAGCGGUUUGCACUGCAAUGGGUUCAACAACAUAUCACUAAAUUUGGCGGCAACCCUAAGCGCGUCACGAUCGGUGGCGAGUCAGCUGGUGCUGGGGCAGCCAUGCUGCACUCUCUGGCGUAUGGAGGAAAAGAGUCGAAUCUAUUCCAAAACAUCAUCGCGGCUAGUCCGUACUUGGUACCCGUGUACCCGUAUGAUGACCCAGUACCCACCGGCCACUACGAAGCGUUUGUCGAAAAGACAGGCUGUGGCCCAUCUGCGAUCGCAAAAGCCCGGUACAACAGUAGCUUUGACUGUCUAGUUGCAGCACCAAGCGAGAAGCUUCAAAACGCCAUCGGUGUGGUUUCCGAGUCAGGCCUCUUCGGCACGUUUGCAUUCCUGCCUGUCGUCGACAAUGAUAUGAUUCGCGAGCGGCCGUCAGCACAGUUACUCUCAGGCAAAGUUAGUGGGCAGCGAGUCCUUGUCGGAAACAAUGCUAAUGACGGCGCCCCCUUGAGUAAUCCUAAUGUGGUGACCCGCACCGCAUUCAACAGUUACCUCUCGGAAACCUUCCCAAACUUCACCGAAGCCGAUCUCGCCCAGCUGAAGUUGGUCUAUGACACCGCCGAUUCUCAGUCCACCGACGACAGUCCCCGAUUCGAUACCCUCGGCACUUCAGGUCCAACUGCAAAGAACCAGUCCGAGGUGGCAACAGGACUCCAGCAGACCGUGUUCAAUAUUUUUGCCGAGUCCACGUUUGACUGUCCCGCACAGUGGUUCGCCGAGGCAUUUGGAGGAUCUCUCCGCCAGGCCUGGAAGUACCAGUACUCCGUCACACCAGCCUACCACGGCGCGGACUUGAACGCCUAUUUUCCCCGCGCAGCGUCUUGGCCCAGCAAGCGGUUCAACCACGCCUUCCAGAAGGUCUGGGGUAGUUUUAUUAUGAAUAACUCGCCUAUCAUUCCCAUUCAAGAUGCCACCGGGAACCAGAGCCAUGCCAUUGUCCCCGAAGACCCAUCGGGCCAACUUGACUGGCCGCAGUUCCACCCAUCAGCCCCUUGGCAUAUGGACUUCAACACCACCGGUGGCAGCGUCUCCCCACUUGUCAUCACACCAAACCUGACCUAUUACAUCCGCCAGGGCGACGACGUGGUCAAUCAUUUCCGUCUCGCGAACGCCUACACUUGGGAGGGAGGACGAGGAGUGAGAUGUUUAUUUUGGCGGGCCGCUGCAGAUCGGAUUCCGCUGUAACGCCGGAAGCGCAGUAACUUCCGCCUGGCAGGAAGAGGGGAGACUAAAAACAAGCCCGGUAUAGAUUGUCCCUCUAGACCCUUGGAAUUAAUAAUCCAACGGGGACGGAGGUUACGUACGGAGUACCUCCGUUUAAAGGGGCAAAGCUUAGCACCUCUAGGUCGCCGGACUAUUAAGCGCGGAUCGUCAACGGUGCCACACCACGAAGAUAGUAAUGAUUCGCAGCUCUAUAUAUAGUCGGCGCAUUUCACAUGUCGUCCGGACCAUAUUUAUUUAUAUUUAUCCCUAUCGUGAACGCUGGGCGGUGAGUUUCACGGUCCUAUUUACGUGUGUUUCCGUGGAGAAAAAGGAAGCUGGGUGCCGAUCUCUUGUAGCUGGCGACUAUAGUGGGGAAUUUGGGAAUAAUGUUAUGGGGACUGUAGAU